GACAAGACCAGAACAAGUCAUAUCAAUGGAGAAUGUAACAUCCUUUGAUUCGAACGAUUCUCAGCAAUUGUCACAUGUAAGAAAUGACUCGGGCCCUAUUAAUAUAGGAUUACCAAUAAGCACAAGUAUACAACCCCGUCAUCGUCUCUCUCCGCCUAUCAAGAGGGAGGAAAGAAAUAGCGUUCGACAAAGUAUUCCGAUAAUGAUGUCACCAAAUCUUUUUAAGACGACAUCAUAUAAUGCUAAUAUAGGGACAUCAUUAUCACCUCCGCCUCGUUCGCCAAGAUCACCCCCCCUUGUAAGAUCCGAAAAUUCUUCAACAUCAUCAUCACCAGAAGGUUUACGGUCGAUUAUUCGGGCUGGACCUCCACCAAAUAUUCCUUUACCUUUACCUCCUCCUAUACCACCUCCUAUACCACCACCUAGACCAAAAUGUACGAUAACUCAAAAUACAGUACCUAGAUCAUCACAAACAUCACGAAUUUCCAAUGAUAUUUCAAGAUCUUCAAUACCUCAUGAUAGAAUGAGAACACCAACACCAACGCGUUUUACACAUUCACAUCGUACAAUGAUGUAUUUACCUCCUUCUCUCCCACCACCGACAAUACCAUUGCCACCAGUACCGACUGAACCAACGAACAAUGGUACGUCAAUGACAUGCUAUUCAACAUCCGUUAUAACGGAAACGAUAACUGAGUUUCCUGACGAUGAUGACCUAGAUCCAGAUUACGCAGAAGA